AUGGGAAUAACCUCAACCAGCCACUGGCAUUGGGACCAUAUCGGAGCCCCGUCGACGUUUCCAACUACCACCGACUUGGUCGUUGGCCCUGGAUUCAAAGACGCAUUUUGCCCCGGCUAUCCGGCACGCAAAGACUCUCCCAUCCUAGAGAGCGAUUGCAGGGGCCGUCGUUUGAUCGAGAUAGACUUUUCCAAGUCAUGUUUGGAUAUCGGCCAGAUGAAGGCACACGACUACUUUGGGGAUGGGUCAUUCUACAUUCUCGACGCCCCAGGGCACGCACUUGGCCACAUCUGUGCUCUUGUGAGGACGACAUCCUCGCCCGACACCUUUGUAUUUCUCGCUGGGGACGCCAUACACCACGCAGCAGAACUGCGCCCAUCCACUUAUCUGCCCAUCCCGUCGUCUAUUUCGCCUAACCCGCUGACACCCCUCGACCUUGCGGGCAGCUUUUGCCCUGGGCAUAUCCUCGACGAUCUCCAGUCGUCACGGGGAAUCGAACCAGGACAGGCCUUCUUGAAUCCUCUGCUGGGUCUUUCGGUUCCUGAUGCUAUCUCCACGAUUCGCAAAGUUCAAGAGCUUGAUUGCAGUGGCAACAUUUUUGUACUAUUCUCUCAUGACACUCAUGCGCCAAAGGUCAUCGACUUUUUCCCCAAAAGCAUCAACCACUGGAAAGAGAAAGGAUGGGCCCACCUUGCAAAAUGGAGCUUUUUGCAGGAUUUCGAGCAGUAUAUAAAGUCGUCCGUCAUGCAAGAUGGCGAGAGUUAG